ACCACAUAACUUGCUCAACUAUGCGUUUAUACAUGAGUCCGUCAGAUUACUUGCCAGUAAGAGUCCAGUGCUGGCUACGAAAGCUUGCUACUUUAACUUGUGUCAGUUUUAAUUCGGUCAUAUCUAUAAUUAUACAAUACCACUUUUCCAGUAAAAAUUUAAUUUCUAAGCAAAAAUCAUUUAUUGUACUACGUAAAGUUUAUUUAGGUCACUCCUUGUAUACUACAUAAAUAUGAUUCGAGAAUAUUAACUUGAUUCCCAUCAAUUACAAUAGAUUUCUUAUCUUAGGCCACAUGGGAAAUGAAGACCUCACCUUCCGAAAAGUUCUCAGUGCUUCUCUCUCGAUUCGAUUCCUGUACUCUACAGUAGCCGAGUUGGACAUCGAGAAAUUUUCAACGUGGAUCAAGAAUGCCGUGAAGAAGAGUCCGAUUACCCCCGGGGCCUACUCCAUUCUUGACGAUGCGAUGAAUCGUAGCUGCGUCGCCACAGAAUUGACCCACAGGUUGAAGGAUUGCCCUUUGAAGGCUGUGAAAAAGAAGCCCUGGAGACUCGGCCAGCUUGCCGCUGCUCUGCAACCGCCGCUUGCCGACCCGCUGGACUUGCGACUCAUGAUGUCCCUGUUUGAUUUGUCUGAAUGCCAGAAGCACUGGGAACGUCGUGCUGUCGUCCUUGUCAACGUUCCGGGACGCGAGCAGCCUGUUGAGGUUCCCAGGAAACUUGCAACUCAUCUCCUCAUGUCCUUGCUCAUCUCUCGCGCCUACAGUGCCAACGCAAGCCCGGAUUUGCUUUGCCGCAGAGACCAGGAUCUUGCGUCUGGACACGACGUCUCUUGCCGCCGACUGAAGAACGUCAUCAAAAUGCGGAAAAUUGUGCAGUCGAUGUUUGACAGCGUUUACGCAGACAACUUGCAGGCAGCUCAGGCGACGGCCGAGGAGUUCGAUGGAGAGUGGAGCACUGCCAUCGCUGAUAAUGUUUUGAUUCAGAGACUAAACGAUUCCGUGCUUGGCAACGCCUUCGCCGACGCCUAUGCAAUCCUGCAGGACAAAAUCGGGGGAAGAGGCGCGCGUAUGUUCCGAUUCCUCCUUCGGCUGAAACUGACAAAAUUUCUUAGCUGGUACAUUCAGAGACUCAUCACCAAAUUGGCCACGGCUUCUCGGUCUGAAGAUGCCGCUGCCGCUUUGUCUCCUGGGGGUCCCUUUCCCGUGGAAGUAUUGGACACAACGGCGACAGCUGAUGCUGCUCACCUCGCGUGCGGUGGUUUCGAGAACUGGGUGCAAGAUUUUGGCAAGGAACUUACCGCCCUAGUUCUGAAGCGACUCGCGCCAAGCAGAAGAAGGGGCACUGCUUUCCUCGAGCGAGAAAGCUCCGUUGAGACGGAACCGGCAGCAGAGGCAGCCGAGGCCGAGGGCUCAGACAGCGAAACGGCUGUCGGUUCUCCCGCUGCGACGCCCAGUUCGUUUCUCGGUGUCCGAGAAGGGCAAUCAGAGCCAUCUGGGGCGGAACCUCCGGAAUCCACCAGAAUACCCAUCACCAAUUUUCUGGGAUCCGGAAUCAUCGGUGCAGACAAGGUCAUUUUCUCCUCCAGGAUUCGGCGUUCGAUUGCCGACCUUGUGACGGUUCUCGUUUCCACCACGCUCGCCGCAGAUGCCACGCUGCAUUUAUGGUUCCCUGCCACCUUGAACUCUCAGCCGUAUACAACCGGAGAAAAGCCCUCUGAUCAAUAACGUUGAGGGCCGCGUUUCGCCUGGGUUCAGGAAGCAUCUUCCGCGAGUUCUCGCCCCCAUGCAUUCGCUCGGGCACACUCCGUGGUCCCGUGAGCACGCGACUGCAGAGCCGGGGAGUUUGUCAAAUCGGCAUCGAAUGUUCUCUUCUCGCAUUUGUGAACAGUGCCACAUUUUCCAGAGUCUGACUCACGGGACAGCAGCGGCUUGCGUUAAGCUGAUCGUGACCUCGAUGGGGUUAUCAGAGGAGUCAGUUUGUGGCAACAGGGAAUCAAUGUUGCAUGUGGCAGCUCCACAACACGUGCUGGGUGGAACGUCAUGUGAAAGAAUUGGGACUUUCUCCAGGGAAAGAUCGAAACCUCAAUCUUUUUAUGUGAUCUGAUCGCGAUACAAGUGUCGCAUCGGCCCACGACAGCGGCGCACUUCUUGGCCGUACCCUUGUCAGGCCCCAUCAGACUGAGAUUUAUG